AUGGUUCUGGGGCGAGCUGUCGGCAUGAGUUUGAUGGACAUUUCUAAGAUCUUCUCCCUGCUGCAGCCCAAGGAGGAGGAUGAGGACAACGAGCAGUGUCAGGCCUUGAACAACGCCGUGAGCAGCGACAACGUGACUCUGCUCGCCGAGCUUCUGUCUCAGGAGAGUUACAGGAGGUCUAUUAACGCUCGGAGCGGCUGGGGGGUCCCAGUAACCCCCUUGCGCACUGCUGCCGCUCUGGGACACCUGAGGUGCUUGGAGUUGUUGUUGGAGCAUGGCGCAGAGAUUGACAGCCUGGACGUGAAGGCCCAGACGCCUCUGUUCACAGCUGUCAGUGGGAAACAUCUGGACUGUGUGGUGGCCCUGCUGAAGGCCGGAGCCGACCCUAACGGCAGCCAGUACAACAACUGCUCCCCGGUGCUGACUGCCGCCCGGGAGGGCGACGUGGACGUGCUCCGGGAGCUGCUGAGAUUCGGAGCCGAGGUGGACGUCAGGCCCAAAGUCCCCGAGUGGGCCUCAAAUGCCACGGCCUGCAGAGGGCCCCUUUAUAUCUCAGCUGUUUAUGGACACCUGGACUGCUUUAAACUGCUCCUCCUCCAUGGGGCCAACCCCAACUACAACUGCACAGAUGAGAAGAUGCUGGCCAGGAUCAAGCAGCCAAAGACAGUCCUGGAGGUGUGUCUCCGCUAUGGCUGCGGGGUGGAGUACAUCCAGCUUCUCAUAGACUUUGGGGCAGACGUGUAUCUGCCUACACUGAUCAUUGACAAGACUACAAAGCAGAAUGAAGCUCUGGUUCUGCUGCUCAAAGAGAGAGUUUUUCCCAAAACACUGAUGUCGCAGACUCGGCUUGCAAUUCGAAGAUACCUCCCCCUCGCCAAUAAGGAGCCGGCCAUUGACAGUUUGGACAUUCCUCUGAUCCUGAGGAACUACCUGCAGCACAGCACCUCUGAACUCAUGUGA